GGUGAGGUUUGGAACCACUAAUCCGGUUGUACACUUAUCACCAUGGUUGAGAUCCGUAGUGGGAUAGACACUAGCCCCUACACCAAGGAGCAGCAAGAAAAGAUGGUCGCCUUAGUGAAAGAGAACAAGGAGAGGAAGGAGCUCUUGAAGCAGGAGAAGUUAAAGGCGAUCGCAGAAGAGCAGGCGGCAAAGAUGAAGAAGUUAGAGGAGGAGAUGAAGAGAGUUCAACAGGAGGAGGAAGAGAGGAAAAAGGCCGCCGAAGAAGAAGCAGCAGCAGAAGAGGAGAAAGAGAGGAUGCGUAUUGAGAGUAGAGAGGAGUAUAGGAAGGAAGUGUUGGCCCAGCCAAAUGACAAGGCCAAGUGGGAUAAGGUGUUGGGCUACCUAGAGGUGUUGAGCACCGCAUGGAUGGAGGAGCGCCAAGCGAGUUGGAGCCAAGAGGUAGCCCUGAGUGCCAUGUCGUCGGGAUUCAGAGACUUUGCACGCAAGAUCGUCACCCACAUCGGGGGCGAAGUCCGACAAUUGAGGGACAACGUAAUGAAGUUCUGUGAGGGCGCCAUUGAGGGUGCCAAAGCAAUAGCCGUUGUAAAGGGCGAGGUCAGACCCCGUAAAGAGCCUAUAAAGCUCAAGUUCCCAGACGCAUACGCGGGAAAGAAGGAGGAGAACUUUGACAAGUGGGAGGCCAGUGUCAAUAGUUACAUAUAUUUACGGCACAUCCCGUCAGAGGAACAAGUCCUCGUGGGCUUCCAGGCCCUUAAGGAUGAGGCGGCUAGUUUUGCCAGGUCCCUUGUGCGCGCAGCCGAUUGUGAAAACAACGUGGUUGCAUAUUCAAGAGUCACCCCCCUUCCUUAAUUCUUUAAGCUUCUGAAGGAGCGAUUUGCAGACCCAACG